UUACAUUUUAAGAUUCCCUCUUAUAAGAACCUUUCCUUCUUGACAUUCACCCUAUGGCAUUAACAUUUCCAACUGGAAUGCUAACACCAGUGUGCCACACACUCUUUGGAGAUUGUAUCCUGUUAACUCACAACAUAACACAGCCAACCCCCCAACGAACACCCAUUCUGUUAACUGCUGCUAUCAAUGAAUUAACAUUGCUGUUAAUGACGCGUUCACAGCGAAAAAGGGGAGUUCGAACGACCAGCAACAACAAUAACAUUGUUUCUGUUAUGGACUUGUGGCCAUGCUCUCUUAACACUUUAGUCAUUCUCGCAGUGAGUUUGUUGGCAUGCGGUUCGUGCGUUUUCUGAAAGCGGACGGUCAUUUCAAUAUAUAACAAGCAGCAACGUUGCUGAUGUGCAGCUAGGCUACUACCAAAAUACAAGAGUAAAAAGUGUGUGCGUGUGUAGUGUAGUGUGUGCUUUUAACUUGUUGUUCUUUUUAUUAUUGUAAUGAUGGUGAUGUUGAUGUGAUGUGAUGUUGAAUAAAAAAUAAAGUAUGAAAGAAGAAUUUUUAUCUCACCAAAAGAAGCGCAGUGUCUAAAUCAGAAAUAGUUCAACGUGGAAAUUCCAAAAAAAAAGAAAGAAAAUAAAUUAAGGAGGGUAGGAGAAAAAAAUCAAUGAAAUUGCUGGCAGCCAACACCAUAGCUUUUCGUCCCUUAAAAUCGCGUUGCACAAAUGAAAAUAAGUUAUUGCAAAGCUGCUAUUGAAAAAAUCAAAGGAAUUUGAAAAAGCAAAAAAUAAUAUUGAAAAAUAAAUAAAAAGCAGCAUUUUUUAUCUAUCGAAUGAAGCCCAACAAAAGUGAGCAAUAAAAUUUCGUGUGUUUUUUAUCAAACGGUUCUUCUUCGCUGUUGGAUAUGCUUGCGGUUGCGGUCGCGUUCUUCGUUGUGCCAUCCAAAAUUUAUUGCGAGCAGAGCAUUCGUUUUGCGGUGACAUUCACUCUACGUUCUCGUUAAAGUGCGAAAAUCUAAUUAAUUUUCAAUGAAGAGGUGUCGGGUGCUCCACUAAUGUUACGAGUGGCUGCGUAUGUGUGUGCGUGCGUAAUAUGUGUCAAUUCGUUCGUGUGUGUAAUUAAUAAUUCAAUAAAUAUCAAAUGGCCUGACACAAAAUCGCUGUUUGAUCAUUUACAUAGUACCUACAGUGGAAAAGAAUAAAAAAUAAUAAUAAAAAUAAGAAGAGGACUACAAAACAAAAAUUUGUGUUUAUUUAAAUGCGUAUUGAGGUCAUUUAUCAAAAAAACAAAACAUCGUCAACGGCCUUAAACAACAACAAAUAUCAACGUCAUCUUCUACUACACAACCAACGGCAGCAGUGACGGCGGCGUCAACCAACAAAUAGUGAACGUCAACCUCUGAGGAGACGACCCCCAUUAAAUUGUUCAUUAGAACGGUCACAUCAACGGCGCUUCGGCAGCAGCAGCAGCAAAAGAAACAACAACUACCACACGAUAAUCAUUCAAAACAAAUUUUACAAGUGUCACACAGUGUAACGUGUUUCGUCGUGUUCGUGGAUUUUUGGAGCAUUGUUGUGUUUUUGUUUUCCUUUGGUUUUCUUUCAAUUUCUCAUUGAUUGUUGGGGCCACCGAGAGAGAGAGAGAGAGUACAUGAAAAAGAGUGAAGUGCGAGAGAGAUUCAUUCGAUGUCAUGAGAAGAGAACGUUACGGUUUAAUUUUGGGGUCUGAAUAAAGUGUUGCAAAUAAUAAGAAUAACAACACUAAUAAUAACAACAUAAACAAAUCGCAAAAUAAAAACAGCUGCUGGCCUUUUUUGUUGUUGUAUCUUUGAAUGGUUGAAGAGGAUGUUAGUUAAACGGUACGUCAUCCACAAAUACCUAUUCUGUGGAGUAUACAAACAAUGAGAAAACUAUAAAUUUAGAUGAGUGCUGGUGUACUUUAAUGAAAGAAAGAAUGAAAAAAACAACAAACGAAUUAUCAUUGAGAUUGAAUAUCAAAAUCGAUAAACGCAAAUGAAUGGUGUUAGACUCCGGAAUAUGGCCAGCAGGUGUAGAUGAAUAAUUAAAUACGAAAGAUAGCAAUAAAAGUGAGUGAAGAAUCGAAAAGCGUUGGAAUAAAAGCAAAAUAAACAAAACGUAUGGAAUAGAAUGAAUAAAUAAUAUAUAAAUAACAAAGGCCAUUAUUAAAUGGAAUAGAAAAAUGCAAGUCGAAUACAAUAAUAAAGUGUGAAAAUUUGGAAAAAAAAUAAAUAAAUAUAAUAUAAAAAUAUUAAAUGUGUGUGUAAUAUCUGAAAAAAAAUUGUUUGGUGUUAAAAAUUAUGUGCUUUUUUAAAUGCAAAAAUUAUUUAUUCUAAAUUGCAAAUAAAAUCAUAAUUAUUAAAAUAAUAAAAAAUCGUAUUAAAGAAAAUAAACAAAUUAAAAUGUCUUCGAAUUUUAUUGUGGAAUAAAUCAAUAAAAGCAUACUUGGAGACGCAGAAGUAAUAAUAGGACACAACUGUCAAACUGUUGUCUCCAGCAUAAUUUCUCGGCAGUUGAAACUACGCUUUUCAAAAUGGCUGCCACAAGCGCUGGACUUCAAACACAGCCGCCGCAGCAUCAGCAACAACAGCAGCAGCAGCAGUCGGCAACAAAUGUAGUGCAACAAAAACUUAAUGGCUCGAACACAAAUUUACUACUAAAUGGAGGUCUUGGUGGUGGCAUAAUGAGGAAUACUCAAAUCCCACAACAACAGCCGCCACAAAUACACAACUUGCAACAACAGCAACAAUUGAUGCAACAGUAUGCCAUGAAACAGCAACAGCAUGCAAACUUUCUGCAACAUCAGCAGCAGCAGCCGCAACAGCAGUUGCAUCAUCAGCAACAGAGCAAUCAAACGUUUUUAAUGCAACAAACGCCGCCGCAGCAACAACAGCAGCAACAAAUCUAUCAAAUAUCCCAGCAGACGCAACAGCAACAACAAAUGUUUCACUCGCAAAAUAAUCAAUUUGCCAGCAACAUGAUGCCUUGUCAGAAUUUUAUGACACCGCCGCCACAAUUGCAUAGCCAACCAAAUCGCUUUACCAUGACCAAUAACAGCAACAACUCAACUGCCAACAACACCAUUAGCGUUAGCAGCAAUACCAUCACCUGGAGUCAGCAGUAUCAAAAUUUGCAAAAUUCUCGCAAACAGCCGACAAUUGUUGCAACCAAUCAUCACAAACAACCUCCGAGUCCAGCAACACAAAUACGUCCCAGCAAACAGCCGCCUUAUCAACAGCAGCAACAGCAACAAAUGGCUACCAGCAAUAAUCACAGUACCAACCCAACAAACAAUGGCACUGGCAGUCAAUUGCAAAUGUUGCAGCAACAACAAGAAGUUGUGCCCCCGGUCAAUAUGCAGCAACAGCAACAGCCACAACAACAACUGCGUCAAGAGGCUUUACAAAAUAUUGUUGCUGCUGUCGCACCGAAACCAGUGUUGCCAACCCAAACGCUAACACCCAAGUCCGAACCCAAUGAAGUGCAAAUAAAUAUUGUUGCAAGUGAUAAUACAAGACAAAUCCAAGUGACUAGUGGUCCAAUUGUUGCAAACAAAAUAAAUAACAACAACAACAACAACAGCAGUUGUGAUUUGUCAAAGAACCUACCAAAAGAAACGACGCUCACUAAUGGAUUAACAGCAACAGCGCCAAAUGAAAGUAGCCAAUUAGACGCUAAACCCAAUAUUGCACCGGGUUGGCAAAGACAGUCCAACAACAACAAUGAAAUUGUUUAUAUAAGUCCAACUGGUGUGACACUACGUUCACCAUUUCAAAUCAAGGAUUACUUACUGACAUCGGGUACCUGUAAAUGUGGAUUACCAUGUCCGUUGCGGCCAGAAUAUUUCUUCAAUUUUAAUGUUCAGGUUCCUAAUACACCGUUAAUGGCAGCAACGACGACAGUAUACCAAAAUAAUAAUGGCUUUAACAAUUCCUCGUCCUUAUCGUCAAGUUCCCACACCGCCACCGUCACCACCAUUACAUCCAACUCAUUCUCAUUGUCGUCUGCAUCGUCAUCAUCAUCAUCAUCCUCAGCAACAACAGCAACUGCAUCAUCGUCAUCAUUACCCGCCUCGAAUACGUCGUCGUCGCCAUCAUCAGUGCCAAAUGCCUUGGCAUCGAGCACAUCACUGGCGGCUACAACGGUGCCAUCUGGUGCAGCGCCAACAACUACCCUGGAUACAGUAACGGCCGCAAUACCAUCCGCAACUCCUUCAUCAUCGCUGACGUGUUUGCAUCAGCGACGUUUUCUUGAUUGCCAGCAAUUACAUGCACAACCCACGGAGUUAUUUAAUAAAGGUAAUUAUUUGUGGAGAAACAAUUUCCGUUCAGAUGGCAAUUUUCAGCAGAUGUUUGAUUAUGACAGCAACUUAACAUGUGAUGUCAAGCGCCGCAGACUAGCCGCCAAUUCAGAUUCCGCAUCAAUGAGUGACAGUAACAGCUGUUUCGACGAUAUGCCACCUGCCACUAUCGAUUCAGAUUCAAUGUUUGCCUCAACAUCGUCGGCAGCGGCAACAAGGCAUCAUUGCACUAGUCAAAAUUACAAAAUGAUGCCGCCUUCAUGCACCAUGGAACAUCAUCAUCACCAUCCACAUAAUCAUCAUCAGCAUCAUCAGUGUGGGGGUGGACAUCAACAGCAGGUGCAAUCUCAACAGCAUUUGCAUCAUCGUCAUCAUCAUCAUCAUACGCCACCGCAGCAACAGCAACAGCAUCCUCACCAUCAACAUCAGCAGCGACCACAACCUGUGAUAACAAACUGUUACAACAACAACAACAUGAUGGCAAUGGAAAAUUCUAGCAGGCCUUGGUGCAAAGAUAAUGGAAUAAUGUCAGCGGGUGCACAUCACCAACACGAAACUGACAACGGAACUGUUCCAUGGUCACAGCAAAACAAUAAAACCAUGCCCGAGGGAAAUAUAUGUCCACAUCGUCAACAUCACCAUCAUCAGCAACAGGACCAACGUCAUCAUCAUCAUCAGCAGCCCCAACAUCACCAUUGUUCGGAAUUUAAUAACAAUGAAGAACAGAAACCAUUCCACUUCAAGGACGAUUUGAAUGGCUAUCUUCAACAACAAACUGAAAUGGUUCACAAUUCCUUGGUGGAUGUCCAGCAGCAGCGUCAUCAUCAUCAUCUCCAUGGUCAUGGAUACGAUCAUAGUGACGAUGACGAUGGGGAAGAGGAUGAAGACGAGGAGGAUGAUGACUUGGCUAGUGGCAUAAAUGAAGAGGAUAACGACUAUGAGGAAAAUGACGAAAAUGAUGAAGCUGAAGAUAAUCCCAUGGAUAAUAUGGAAGAUCAUGAUGACAAUGAUGAAGAAGAUAGGGAUGUGGAUGAUGAUGAUCCCGAAACAGAAGACAUGUUACACUUAAAAACUACUCAGCAUUGUUUAGAUUUUCUGCAAGGCGACUUGGGUAUGGAUCUUGGAGUUGGAGAAGAUCAUCAUUCUCAUGCCAAUGAUGAUGGUAGACAGAUUAAAUCGGAAACCUGUACAGAAGCUGAGGAAGCAAAUAUUGCAGAUGUUGAUAUGGAACCUACAAAACAUGAAGAAGAUCAUGAUAAUGACGAUGAAGAAGAGGAAGACGACGAAGAAGGAGAUGAAGAGGGGGAAGAAGAAGACGACGAUGAGGAAGAAGGGGAAAAUUCAGAGGAUUUAGGAGAUGCUAUGGCCAGCCAUACGCAGCCAAUGGAACAGACUGUGAUUGAACCAACACCCCACCCAGUGGAGACGAGGCUUUUAAACAACCAAUCGAUAAAUACAGGAUUCUAUCAAAUAACAGCAGCUCGACAAGAGGAUAAUAAGCAAAAUGAAAAUCCAUUGUCGAACCUACCGCGACUAUCAGCCAUAUCCCUUAGCUAUGACAUCAAAACGAAUCAAAAUCAAACCUUGGCUACAGUUAACAUUCCACAGCCACAGGAAAGUCCAUUGAUGCCAUGUCCAACAUCCAAAGCCUCAAUAAAAUUUGUGCCCACAGCUCAGGAGUCGCCUGUGUCAUCAAGUACUCUGGGUGGUCCCAGAUCUACACCAGACCUGCAACGUGCCAACAAGGAAGCCAGCAAGAAACCUGAACAGGUUGGGGCAAUUUCUACCAGCAAUGAAAGUCCUCGUUCGUGUACCCCCUCACCGGCCUCAAACAUGGAGGUGGGGAACAAUGGUUCUAAGUCCACGAUUUUAUCCGGAAGAGCCAGUGCAUCGCCCAUGCCUUCACCAAGGCCACAGAGUGCUGGAAGGCCAUCUCAACAACAAACCAAAAACCAAUUGCAACAAGUCAAGGUUCAAACAUGUCAGAAGAGUCCCGUACGCAUCGUGAGGCAAGUGAAAAAUGUUAAUCAAAUUCAAACGUCUCAACAACAAAGAAUAUUCAAUAACAACAACAAUAAUAAUAAUCGUGCCACCCUCACAACGAUUGCCGGCAAUCGGGGAAUGGCAACAACCACAACCACAACUUCUGCAGCUGCAGCUGCUGGCCAACGAAAUGUUGCCACCAAUCCCACAGUGACAGCUAUGGCCCAAAAAUUACACACAACAAUGCAAAAGUUUGUUAGCAGCAACAACAACACAAACACUACUGCCGCUACAACAACCACUAUACCCAUUAGCCAGUUGCAGUUGCAACCUUUGUUGCGAGCUGCAAACGACACUGGUGGCAACUCACAAAUUAUUAUGACAUCGACGGGUCAAAUUAUUGUAAUGCCCUCUUCGAAUAACAAGACACAUUUGCAGGCUGUACCCCAGCAGCAGGCACCGCAACCAACACAACAACACCAACAACAAUUGAUAAUUGCCAGUGGCAAUGCGACAGCCACUUCGCAAACGCCAACCAAUUUAAUUAUUCAACAAAGCGGUGGUGAUGUUCUAAACAAUGGCGGACAAUUAACGGCCACACUGCAACAACAACCAAAUGGCAGCUACAUUGUUAGCCAACCGGCUGCAGCAACGGCGGCGGCCAAUAAUACAACCCAACUACAACCCACAACGGUCAUACUAAAUCCAGGACAAAAUAUUUUGACAGGCAAUACGGCCAAAGUGUUGACAGCCACCAAUAACCCGGGUGCCAACAUUAUUCAUGCCACCGGCACCCAGUCCAUACUCACAGCCGGAAAUCAACUACUCACCGCUCAAACGGCAGGAAAUGCCACCAAUGUUUUGGGUCAGCAGACGGUGGUUUUGAAUCCCUUGCCAAACGGUGGCUAUGUCAUACAACAGCAACAAACUGCACAGCCAGCUGCUACCCAGCCAACCCAACAAUUCGCUACACUGGAUAGUCAGGUUGUCUCCCAGAUUGUCCAGCAGUCAGAUGGGACCCAACGCAUCAUAAUAUCCUCUCCGGCUGAUCUUAAGAGACGUACCAAGAAACGUAAAACAUCUCCCACUCCCAACACUCAAAUAACAAAUCAAACAGCUACGAUCCUACAGCCUCAUACUUUGAACAUACAAACGGCUGCGGCUGCUCCCCCGGCACCACAUACUACCGCACAGCCUCAGGUUGUACAACUUACCGCUACAACACCGACAGCUGCGGCAGCAGCUACAGCGGCCAAUGCCUUCCCCCAACAAUUUCAACUAGGCUCCGCCGGUAUCCAAGGAAUUGUGGUGAGUAAGCCCGCCACUGCGACAACCAACACCCAGCCUCAACAGAUCAUUCUACAAAAUGGUCAAAUCAUCCAACCCAUGAAUCUAUUGGGUCAACAGCUGAUUUUGCCCACAACUGGCUUGGUAAUGGGACCCGACUCUACACUGCUGCAGAUACAAAAUGUCAACGGGUGUGCACCCACAGCCAAUAUUCUGACAGCACCGCAGGCCACAACAACCAUGAUGUUGCGUGCCACUUCACCUCAGACCAGUAAAUCGUUCAUCUCAUCAACAGCUACUGGACAACAGUUUAUUGUGGGCAGUAAUGGCCAACUAAGCCCCAUUGGCCAAAUCUAUUCCACACCAAUGGGUCUGAUGAUGCCAGCGACGACCCAACACCAUACAACAACACCAACGGCCACAUUUGUCCAGCACAAUGGUACAACCAUACAAUUGCAUCACCACCAUCAUCAGCACCAGCAACAACAUCAGCAUCCUGUAACCGCCACGGCUCAUCAGUUGAAUGCCACCACAACUACGACCCACCACCAACAUCAGGUCACACUGCAGGCCCUGCAAACGCAUCAACAGAAUUUAAAUCAAGUCAUCAAUAAUCCAGUGGGCAUUGUUCUGGAAACGGCUGCCUCCUCGACAUCGGCAACAGCAUCGCCCAAUUUGCAAACAUCUACUGCGGGCAGUUCACGUUCUUCUUCAUCGGCAGCCAGUCCACCCGACACCACAACCCACAGUCCAAGGAGUCCGGAAAGGCCACCAAGUCAUCGCAGUGGCGGCAGUGAUAUGGUUCAAUGCGUUUCAUCCUCGGAGCCAGAUGGUGGUAAUGUCUCACCCAUGAGCAGCGAUAGCAGGCAAUCGCCAUCGACAACUGUUUGUGACAAAGGUAUUGUUAUGUCAACCGCAUAUCAACAAAAUGCCAAUAUUUUUAAGCCCUCGGAAGCGAAAAUUCGUCGUGUACAAACACCGCCACAAUAUCAUGUCAUAGCAGGAGGUGGAGUUUCGGGUGCCACAACAACUGUAACAGCGAGUACAACAAAUAUUGCGGGUCUAACGAAUUUGACGCUACACCAUCAUCACCAACACACGUUGGCAUCUAAUAAUUCACAGACAUUACAACAAAAACAUAUGGACAUAAAACCAGAUACACAUGAUUCGCCACAGAAUUCUCCCACUACAACGGUUAUGCUAACACCGCCACCGCCACCACCACGAACCCCAACCCCUUUGCAACAGCAGCAAAUACUACAACAACAACACCAGCAGCAGCACCAACAAUUGCAACAAUACCACCCACAACAGCAGAACUUCUUACAAAACUCUUCAACGAUUUCCGUUUCCGAGAAUCGUCUACAACACCAAUCCCAACAGCAACUCCAACACAACCAUAAAACUCCAACCAAACAAACUCAACGGAAUCGAAAUCGUUCGUUGAAGCCAUUAUCACCACUUACCACACACACAAAAGUAACUGGUGCUGAUGCGGAGGAAGUUUCUACUGCUGGCGGCAGUGGUUGUGGUGGUGGAGCAACUGCAGGUGGUGUAAGCAUUUCGCCAUCUGCAUCCUCUACCCCUCCACUGGCCAUGAGUUUGAUGCGUACCUUUGCAGUAGGUGAACUAAUAUGGGGUCCGGCACGUGGUUUCCCCGCUUGGCCUGGUAAAGUUGUAAAAAUUCCCGACAAUCAACAGGAAUCCGUUUGGGUUCAAUGGUUCGGUGGUGGUGGCCGCUCUAAUACCGAAAUAAUGCCCACAAACAUAUUGCAAAGUCUAUCUGAGGGCUUGGAAGCCCAUCACAAAGCGCAAAAGGAUACAAGAAAGAGCCGUAAAUUAAAUUCUCAACUUGAAAAAGCCAUACAAGAAGCAAUGACCGAAUUGGACCGUAUUUCAGCUACAUCAAGUACGAAUACCAAUUCCAACAACAACAGCAGACAACAGCCAACAUCAUCUACCCAACAUCAAAAUAGUCCAAAUCGAGCCAAUAAACGUCCCAUUCCAAGGACUGGAGGCUAUGAUUUAAUUGCUGGACUUGUCAACAAUAAUAACUACAACAACAACAACAGCAACAGCAACAAUAAUAAUCACAAUUACACAUCAUCAAAUACCAUUUCGACAACAACAGGAUCAACAAAUCGCACUAAACCGAUACGUAUUGCCCCAGCACCUCCACCCCCUAGUGCUUCAGCAUCAUCACCAAUGAAAACAAAUGCCAUCGGUGGCGGUGGAUUGGCGGCAACAUCGGUAGCUACAACAUCUUCAUCAGUGACCGCAUCCAACAAAUGACAGCAUCUCAAUAAGGAGUUGAUAAUCAAGACACCACCCGUUGUGGUAAGUUCAAGCUCCGUAACCAAUACAACAAUAUCGACGACAACUACAGUUAAUAAUGGUAAUCCCCAAUUGGCAUGGACCAUGCAGGGCGGUUAUACAUUUGUUAUACAAAGAACCUAGAGGUAAAAACUUGAAAUUUGUUAUUAAUUUUUAAGAGUGUGUGUAUUUAUUAUCACUAACCCUGUGUCUCUAACACUCUCUCUCUCUCUCUCUUUCUUUAUAUAUAUAUAUAUUUACAAUAAGAAUUAUGUAUUAAGGAAUUGUUAAAAAAUAAUUAAAUGUUUAAAAAAAAAACAAGCAUUAACAAAAUACUUAUCAAAACCAAUUGUAGAAAGUCGCGUAUAAACUUGUCGUAGACCAUAAAAUAAUAAUCAACCAAUUGAUUAUGCAUUUUCGUAAAAGAAAUCAGUAGCUAGUGUGAUUUACUCAAUAAGUGAAAGUAAAAAAUAAAAUUGGGUACCGUAAUGAAUAAAUAUAUAUUUUUGUUGGAUUUUAGGGAUUUCAAUGUCUUGAACGUCUAUAAAAAUAGAGUUGCAUUUAAAAGUGACUCAUUUCCAAAGUGCAUCUACAUACCUGAAAUAUUUCUGCCACAUCAAUCAUCAUCAAAUGUAUGAGUAUGAGUAUGAUAUGAUUAGCGUUAUGGUUUUGCUAUAUAGUGUACAAAAAAAUGAGAUUUUCGCAGACACUCAAAAGUGUGUCGAUCAAUCGCAUCGAUCAUCGCAUCAGCAAAUAUGUUGUAAUGCAAAAAAAGUUAUACGAAUUCCAAAAAAUAAAAAUGGCUAUAGCUCCGCUAUAUAUUCUUCAUCCGAUUUGUUAAAUUUGUCCUCCACAGCCGUAAUAUGGGCACCGUCGCAAAGAUAAUCUUUGAAAUAUACAAAUACAUCUCAGAAAUACUUUUGCCAAAUUUUAUCGAGACCGGUUCAGAUUUGGACCCCUCUGUAAAUGGGCCAUGUCGGUCCACGUUUUCGUAAAGCACCCAUAUAACGGUACAUCCCGAUAUUCGGUAUUUUCAUGAUAUUAGCGGCAUUAUUUACCGGAAUUAUUUUAAAUUUCGUAUUUAAAGUUCGUACUACAGGCUAUGACAAACAUUCUUGUAUGCAGGUCCACGUCUUCGUAUAACCCCCAUAUAACGGUACACCCCGAUAGUUGGUAUUUUAAUGGUUUUAGCGACAUUAUAUACCGGAAUUGUUUCAAAUUUGGUAUUUGAAGUUCGUAAAAAAACCUAUGGAAAAAAAUUUCGUAUACAGGUCUUCGUAUAGCCACUAUAUAACGGUACCUCCAGAUAUUCGGUAUUUUUAUGAUCUUAGCGACAUUAUUUACCGGAAUUAUUUCAAAUUUCGCAUUUGAAGUUUGUAAUGGGUGCUACAGCCUAUGACAAAAAAUUUCGUAAGCAGUUCCACGUCUUCGUAUAGCCCCCAUAUAACGGUGCCUCCCCAUAGUCGGUAGUUUGAUGAUUUCAGCAACAUUAUUCGCCGAAAUCGUUUCAAACUUCGUAUUGGAAGAUCUUAAUGGGUACUACAAAAAAUUCGUAUGCAUGCUUACGUCUUCGUAUAGCCCCCAUAUUAAGAUACCUCCGGAUACUCGGUAUUUUCAUGAUUUUUGCGACAUUAUUCACCGGAAUUGUUUCAAAUUUGGUAUUUGAAGUUCGUAAUGGAUACUACAGCAUAUGACAGAAAAGUGUCUGUGCAAGUCCACGUUUUGGUGUAGCCCCCCUAGUACCACCCUACAUUCGGUAUUUUGAUGAUUUCAACAAAAUUUUUAACGGAUUUUAUUUUUUGAAAAUUGCCAAAUUCGUACCAAAUGGUGGAGGGUAUUCAAAGUUCGGUCCGGCCGAACUUACAGCUUUUUCACUUGUUUUGGUAUUGUUUUAUGGCAAUGAAAUUAACUGAUUUGACUCAAUAUUUUGACCUGAUAUUUUUCCUUCAUUUUUUGUUUUCCAGUUUCGCAUUUGAAUAUUGUAAUGGCCUAUGACAAAAUUUGCCUACGCAACAAAAUUUUUAUCGGAUUUUAUUUUUUUGAAAAUUGCCAAAUUCGUUUCAAAUGGUGGAGAGUAUUCAAAGUUCGGCCAGGCCGAAUUUACAGCUUUUUACUUGUUUUGAUUUCGUUUUAUGGCAAUAAAAUUAACUGACUUGACUCAAAUGUUUACCCGAGUUGUCCGUGAAUUUCCAACAUUUACGCCUUACGCGACUUAGACCCUAUAUGAGGAUUCGGAUGUAAUUUGAUAUUUGGACUACUUUGUUGGGCAGUCGACCUUUAAGGUUUGCAAAACUACAUAUGUUCAACCAAUUCACUGACCAAUAAAAGAAUUAUAAACUAUGGUGUUAAAAUACCAGAAUUUCAUAUGCACUGACUUUUCUCUGCCCCUUAGGUGCGCUCAUUUCAUAAGCAUUGAAAGCACGAAACCCCAAAUAAAAAUAGAAGAUUUUGUGAAUGAAUAACAUGGUAAUAAGGAAAAUAUUUUACAAAAUAUUGUUAAAUAAAAUAUCUAUAAUAUUUAAUUCUAAAAAAUACUAAUAUUGUAGACAUAUACGAAAAAAAAAAAACAAUGUUUGUGUAUUUUUUUCUUAACUUACACGCUUCUUAUCUUUGUUGUUAAUACCAAUCUUGAUUAAGUAUUGUAAAGAAGUGUUGAACAUUAUUCUACAAUGAAAAACUGCCGGGUUUUUAUUUUUUGGGCAAAAAUUGCCACAAAAGCGUUCUGGUAUUCUUCAAAGUAUCAAUUUUUUUCUUAAAUUAAAAAAAAAACACUUUAAAACACAUACACUGGUGACCAAAACUAAAGCAACGGAAAUUCCAUGGAGGAUGAAUGACCUGCAACUUUUUUUUUAAAAAAAUUAAGAAAAUGAAAAAGUUUUUCUAGUUUUAGAUUAGGCAGUUUAUUCACUUUUUAAAAACUUAAAACAAUAAACCAAAUUUAAUUUUUAUAUAAAAAUAAUGUAUGGUAAAGUCAAUUAACCCGAUUUCGGCUUGAACAAAACAAAAUUUUACGGUGAGAAGACCAAAAUAUGAAAGCCUUAAGCCGCCGUGUUGCAAGGGUACAGUGAAGCAUGAGGGAGCGUCAAAAAUGGUGUGGCGCCGUUUUUCUUUCUAUGGACUUGGGCCUAUCCAUGAAAUGAAGAAAGUUAUGGAUCGGUUUGUUUACAAUGAUGUGUUGGACAUCACGUUGUUCCCUUUCCCUGAGUAUAAUAUUCGCCUUAUUAGAGUGUUUCAGCAUGACAAUGAUCCCAAACAUGCAUAAAACUUGUGAAAGAUUGGUUGUGGGAGUCAGAAAUCGGUGUUUUGUCAUAGCCGACAUCUGACCUGACCUAAACCCCACAGAAAACCUUUGGAGUAUCGUAGACUGGAAAAUCAAGCGAGAUUCAAUGCCUCGUAGCUGUGCAGCUACAUCAAAAAUAAUGAUUACCCAAAACUUUUUUUUUAAAAAUAAAAAUCAAAAAGUUGCUUUUGUUUUGACCAAGCACAAUUGGGUCAUUUUAGUUUUCCAUAUAUUAUUUUUCAUUCAAAAUUAUUUUUCUAUUUUUAUUUUUAGUUUUUAAAAAGUAAAUAAAGUUCCACAUUUAAAACUGGGCAAACAAAUUACAAUUUGUUUAUUUUUGUAAAAGUUACACGGCAUUUAUUGUCUUUGCGAUUUUAGUUGCUUUCAUUUUGGCCACCAGUGUACAUAGAAUUAGUGUUUUUUCUCUCACAUUAACUUUCUAUCGAAUUUCCGAAAAGUGCUCCCCUUAAAUGGCUCGAUUAUAACAUGUAGUUCUGGAAUUUGCUCGGCAUAUUCUUUACAAUAAUAAAGCAAGUAGCAUAUUUAAUUUGCAAAACUUCAGAACCAGCAGCCAACAUAACAAAAAAACCGAAAAUAGACAAUAAAGCUAAAUUUAAAAGAAAAAAAGAAAACAUAUAUUUUUUGAAAUAGAAAAUGCAAAUAUUUACACCAAAACCAGCAAAACGAGUUUAAAUGUUAUUUAAAAUCAAUAAAAAUAUUUUUCUUAUUAAUAAUUAAAUAAAUAACAAAUACAAACCAAGAAAUAUAUAUUUUUAGAACUAUGAAAAAAAAAAUAAAAUAAAUAUUCCCCUCCAAACACGAGUACGAGCAAUUUGUGCUUUUUUGUAAAUAUAAAUGUUGAUGAUUUUGCAUUUUUAUUAUUACUCCCUUUUAAUUUUAUUUAGAUUAAGGAACUCAACAUUUAUUUUUGAGUUAUUGAAAAAUUAAUGAAAUAAAUUCUUGAUCAAAAAGUUAUACCUUUUGAAGAAAAUAAAAUUCUAUCGUAUCUGUCUCUUAUUUAUUAAUGUUUGUACAUAACUAGACUUUCAAAACAAGAAACGAAAACACAAAACUCAAAAUAAAAAACAAACCUACUUAAAAAGUUAUGUUGAAAACAUGAAUCUGUCGCAAGACUUAAAUCAAAAAUAGUUUAAAAACUUAUAUUUAAAAAUAAAAAAUUAUAGAAAUAUUAAGAUUUUGAAAAAAGAAAACACAAAACCAUUUAUUAGUUGUUAAGCCCAGAAUUUGUUAUUCGAUUAUUUUAAUUUAAGAAAACUAAAAAAAUCGCUGUAUUGAAUUUAGAAAUGUUAAAAACAAAUACAUGAAAAUAUUUAAUUCUCUUUUUAAAUAAUAACCAAUACAUCAUUUAAGUUAAAAUUAAAAAUUUGUUGAUCAUGUUUCUUUUUUCUUAAAUUUCUAUUUUUCUUUAAAAUGUUGUUUAGAUAUUUAUAUGUAACUUUUUGUUUUUUUUUUUUCGUAUUUAUUCAUUGAUGGCUAACCUUUUUAUGAAUUUACUAAUUUUAUUUACAUUUGUUGUUAUUAUUUAUUUAGUUAUUGUUUUUUUUUAAUUAAUGGGACAAAAAUAAAAAAGAAUAACAAACUUUGUUUUUCCUUACUUUAAUUUUAUUUAUUAGAGAAUAAAUGCAAACUUUUUGUCUCAUAUGUAAACUGAGAAAAAUAAGUAUAUUAACUAAAAUUGUGUAAGAAAACAAAAAAGAAAAA